CGGGACACGGGGAGGGAGGGAGAGCCGCGCUCGUUCCCAUAGCAGUGAAACGCCUGCGGUGUCGCUUUCUGUUGCCGCCGUUGUCAGCUCGAGCUCCUCGCAGCGACUGAGCACCGAGAGAGGGAUGGGGGAGGAAGAGAAGAAGCCGGAGGCGGGGAAGAAGGAGGCGGCGGCGGAGGAGGAGAAGCCCAAGGCGAAGGAGGAGAAGGAGGAGGCGAAGGCGGACGACGGGAAGAAGGGCGGCGCCGGCGAGGGCGAGAAGGAGAAGAAGGAAGGAGGUGGCGAAGAGAAGAAAGAUGGGGGUGGUGAGGAAAAGAAGGAGGACGCGCCGCCGCCUCCCCCGCCGCCGGAGGAGAUCGAGAUGCGCGUCUUCAUGCACUGCGAGGGGUGCGCCAGGAAGGUCAAGCGCUGCUUGAAGGGAUUCGAAGGGGUGGAGGGCGUGAUGACGGACUGCAGGACCCACAAGGUGGUGGUGAAGGGGAAGAAGGCGGCGGAGGACCCGAUGAAGGUGGUGGAGAGGGUCCAGAAGAAGGCCGGGAGAAAGGUGGAACUGCUGACUCCUCUGCCGCCGCCGAAGCCGGAGAAGAAAGAGGAGGAGAAGAAGGAAGAAGAGAAGUCCAAGCCGGAGGAGAAGAAGGAAGAGCCGCAGGUAAUCUCAGUGGUGCUCAAAGUCCACAUGCAUUGCGAGGCCUGCGCACAAGAGAUCAAGAAGAGGAUACUAAAGAUGAAAGGGGUGCAGUCGGCGGAACCGGAUCUGAAAGCCUCGCAGGUGACGGUGAAGGGCGUCUUCGCCGCGCAGAAGCUGGUGGAGUACGUGUACAAGAGGACCGGGAAGCACGCGGCGGUGGCCAAGGAAGAGCCAGUGGACAAGAAGCCGGCGGAGGAAGAGAAGAAGGACGACGGCGCCGGCGGGGACGCUGCCAAGGAAGAGAAGAAGGCAGACGAAGCCGGGGGAGCCAAUGCCGAGGGCGAGAAGAAGGAAGAGAAAGGCGGCGAGGGAGGCGGCGGCGGCGGUGGGGACGAGAAGGACAAGAAGGAAGGCGGCGGCGGAGCGACGGAGGACGGCGCGGCGCCGCCCGCAAAGGUGAUGGAGCUGAUGCGAAACGAGUUCUACCAGUACUACCCCAGAUACGCCGCGGGGUACGUGGGGUACGCGUAUCCCCCUCAGAUCUUCAGCGAUGAGAACCCUAACGCCUGCUCCGUGAUGUAAAAUAAAAAUAAGAAUAAAACCCUUUUUGUUGGGCGUAAAAAAAAACAAAAGAGAGAUUAAUUAGUGUAUAAUGUGAUGUUAAUUCCACCUUGGAGAAACAGUACAAAUAUAAGUCUCUGCCUUGUUUCGUUUCCGCA